AUGUCAACUAGGAAAUACAACCUACGUAACAAAGCCCGUCAUCAGGGUGAAGCCAAGUCGGAAUCAGAGGACGCUCCUCGUUCCGCACCCCCUACUGAGUCACGGGAGGCCAGGUUCAUCUCAGAUGGACCUCAGCACACUUCCCAGUCGGAUUCCGAGGCAAGCCCUCAUUGCCUAUAUAGCAAUGUUGCUGCCUCGAGACCUCCCUCACCAGCUGCUGUAGCAGCAGAGGAGACCACCCUGCCACAAGCCCGUCAUGUUCCCCAGGAACCGGGUGCAGGAGACCCAGUAGAUUCUGUGAAUAGAAAAGCUACAGUUCAGACUACAAGUGAUGAGUCUUCAAGCUUGGAGGAGCCACACGAUGUCGACGACGAUGAUACCCGCCCUUGGACCAAAGUCCUGAGCACACAAGAAUUGCGUGCUCAUAAGAAAUCAGCUUUGAAACACAAUGAGAAGCGUGAUAAGAAAGCCAAGAGGGCUUCCAAGAAGCUAUAUGAGCAUAUGGUACAAGACCCCGUGGUGGAGAAAGCCACCAAGGGUCUAACAGCUGACCAGCGCAAGCACAUAGCAUGCCACUUUGAGAAGGUCAAGACACAGAAGUCCACGCAGGACCAAUCUAUCAUAUCCUCCCAAGGAGAGGGCCCCUCCCAUGAGAAAGGCAAAGGUGUCGAUCCCCAAGAAUGGGGAAAUGCUGGUCUCAACCAGCAGGAAUGCGAUCCUGCAGUACAGCAGGCCAUUUGGGAGUCUAUCCCUCAUCGCACUGUGAGCAUUGAACCUCCUGUUGACUUGUCAAAGGAGCCAGCUGGUGCGAAGGCCAAGAGCAAGGCCAAGAAGGUCAAGGCCAACUCUUGGGCCAAGUCUCAGUUACCCAAUGAGGUACACCCUGUGUCACAGAUUCCAGCAAAGAGCUACCUUGGUGUUGCACUGGGACAGAUUGGGAAGUCCACCACACCUCGACGCUCGGGUGGUGAUUCAUCGCCCCCAUCGUCUUUGUUUUCAUCAUCGACAGACAGCGAUUCAGAGUCAUCAAGCACUGCAUCAAUGAGUGACCUGGAUUCUGAGUUGGAAUCAUCGAGUGGUGGUAGUGAAUCAAGCAUGGACUCCAUCGACAAAUUGCCAAAAGGAGAUGGGAAGCCCCCAAGCGACGAUCCCCAGGUUUUCUUGGGUGUGAUAUCGCCCACUAUUAAAGUCUCAGGGAUGCCUAUCUUCCCGCAUCACCCACUUUGCCGCCUUGUCAUUUUCCUGCUUCCUAUUGAGUACAUCCUCCAUUUCUUUCGCUCGCCGCCUGCAGUGGCAUCUUGCUAUCACCCAUACCCCAGGAAGAAGGGCAAAGGUGGACCCACAUCCAACAACAAGGCCAACCAACCAUCCAGCACUCUGUUCCUGAUCAAGGACAUUCCAGACACUGAGCAUGGAGAGUACCCUGAGUUCACUGUCAGUGCCGCUGAACUGGCUAACUGCAUUGAUCAUGACCAGAAGCUUCGCGAGUCCCUCAAUGAAACCUUGGAACUUCCACAACCAUUUGUGUACCCCCUAGUUGCGAGAGCCUUCAACCACGGACAAUAUGGUCGUGAGCAGUUUGUGACCUAUGAACUGUUCAGUGACAAAUUUGACAAUUCGGGUGAUCCAGUGGACCUCUCAAUGUUCAACAUCACACUCGAGCAGCGGGGUAUUGUGGUUCAGGCUUGGGACACAGCCAACAAUAAACACACCCACAACAAGGUAGCCAAGAUGUUCAUGAAGAAGCAAGAAUAUGCUGCAAAGAGCUACAAGAAAUGGGAGGCGAAGCGCCAGUCUCAGAAGAACAACCAGGCUCUCGAGAAUCUGGGGAAAGUGCAUGCCAAGAAGUAUGAACAGCGCCAGUGCAGUCAGCAAAGCUCACAGUGCCAAGAGCACUCACCUUCAACCAACAAUCGAUUGCCUUCUCGCUCGCCUGUUGCUUCUUCUUUGCAACAACACGAUGAUCACAAAGUGCUGCUGCCGUCCAAGGAACCGCAAGUCCCACGUAGCCAGAUUGAGAUUAUCAACAGCACCCUCAAGGAGGCAGGGCAGCAGCACGCCAAUGACGACCGCAUGGAGGUUUAG